AUGGCUACAGACGUUACAAAAUCCGUUGAAGACGCAGAAAUGACGGAAUGUGAGGAAGAUAAAGUUGUAACAAUGAUGGACGUCUUGCAGGAACAAGAAAAUUUUGAAGAAGAUGCUAACGCUGUGUUGGGAGGUUCCGAUGAUAAAAACUGUACAUAUUCUAAGGGCUACAUUAAGAGACAAGCACUGUACGCCUGCAUGACCUGCUGCUCUGAAGCCAAGUCUGACCCAGCUAAACGAGCCGGUCUUUGUCUAGCCUGCAGCCUCACUUGUCAUGAAAACCAUGAACUCAUAGAACUCUAUACUAAACGCAACUUUAGAUGUGACUGCGGCAACUCUAAAUUCAACUCUAAUCCUUGUCAGUUAGCACCCAAAAAAGAUAAAUGUAAUGAGGAGAAUAGUUAUAACCAGAAUUUUAGUGGAUUAUACUGUGUGUGCCGAAGACCUUACCCCGAUCCUGACAGUGAAAAUGAAGAUGUAAUGAUUCAAUGUACUGUGUGUGAGGAUUGGUACCACGGAACACACUUAGAAACAACCGUUCCUAACAGUGAAAACUACUCAGAGAUGAUAUGCAAGGGAUGUAUGGAAAAAUAUGACUUCUUACAUUCCUACAGUUACUUGGUCGUAAAUGUUGAAAGCUCGGAUGUUGAUGUUGUUAAUGUUGCUGAGAAUGAAAAUAAAACUUGCAACGGUGACUCCCAAACAGAUGUCACAGCUGUAAAAGAUAGUGAAAAGACUGAGAAAAAUGAAGAUAUUAGUAUGACUCCUGAAAAAGAAAUUUCUUCUAGUAAUGAAAACAAAGAGGAAACCAAAAAAAAAGUAGAGGAUGAUGUAACAAAUAAUUCUAAGAUGGAAACUAAUUCUGAUGUUGAUGGUAAUGUUGAGAAUCCUUCAACUGUUGUAAGUUGUAACACUAAUGAUGAUACUGAUAUUAAAAAGGAAGAAAGUAUUGCAGACAAUACAAAUGAACAAAACACUAGUAGCGACCAAAACAAAGAUAUUAUUAAUAGUGAGAUGCAACAAGACACGGAAUCAAACACAGAUAAUACUGCAAAAGAAACUGAAGACAAAAAUACUACAGAAAUGGCUAAUGAUGAGAAAAAUAAAGAAGAUGAAAAUGCAGAAGAAGAGAGGCGUCUGGCAGAUCCUGAAAGUGAAAGCUGCACCUCAAAAACUAAUCUAGAUAUCACAGAAACAGGAAGUCAGGAAGAUAUUAAGACUACACAUGAGAACGGGGAAAUACAUAAAGAAAAUGAUGGUGACAAUAGUAUGAACACAGAUGAGUUAAAUAACUUAGAAAAAGAGGAAUCUCAAGGGACAAAGGAAGAAACAGUAAACUCAACAUCUAAUGAUGAAAAAGUUGUACAAGAAACAUCACAAGGAGUGGAAACUAAAAGUGAAAGCACUAGUAGCGGCAAUAAUCCUGUCGAUGUUAAUGAUCAAGAUGUUGCAAAAGACGAAGUCGAAGGAAAGAGCAUAGAAGAAUGUAGCCUGAAUAACAGCAGUGUAGUAGACAAGGAAGAAGACUCGAGCAAUCACAAAGGAUUGGAAAAAAGGAAACUGUCCACAGAAGAAAGCACAGAUAGUGCAGCAAGUAAGAAAAGUAAAUUAGAAGAGGUGUCUGACAAACCAUGCACUUGUCCCAAAGAUGUCAAAAAAGUAUACCGAGGAGCGACAUUCUGGCCCUCGACCUUCCGCCAGAGACUCUGCACGUGCAAUGUAUGUCUGAGCAUGUAUAAGGACCUUUCUGUUAUGUUCCUCAUUGAUACCGAAGACACAGUCAUCGCCUACGAGAGCUUGGGCAAGGAGAAGACCAAUGGCAAGCCAUCACAGUAUGAGAAGGGGCUCGAAGCACUUUCAUCGUUAGAUAGAAUCCAACAGAUCAAUGCCUUGACAGAGUACAAUAAGAUGAGAGACAAGCUGUUAGACUUCCUCAAAAGCUUCAAGGACAGGAAAGAAGUUGUUAAGGAGGAAGACAUCAAAGCAUUCUUUGCCGGAAUGAAGCCUAAAAGAGAACCAGAGGGUGUGUACUUCUGUCGGUGA